AUGCCACUUGUGGAACACGGUCUUCAGAAUUUCCACUUGUCCCACGAGGAAGAGGAUAAACUUAAUCAGUUUCAAAUGAUCACUACAUUUCCCGAAGAUGAAUUACCAUUAAUUAUUAAACUGUUACAAAAUCAUAGUUGGAAUUUGGAAGCAGCACUUGGAAGAUAUUUUGAUGGUACUUGGAAAAAUAACACUUUGUUUGAAACAGAAACGCCACCUCCGACCAUGAGUACCCAAUUCACUGAAGCUAGUCCAAUCUCUUCUUCACCCAAUAUCCCAGCAUCAAAUAUAGGAGCACCAGAAGUCCCAGAGCGAGUACCUUCCUUAAUGAGUAGCAAUAGAUUCUCUGCAACUCCCUUUAUAUUAUCGCAAUCAAACCUAAUACCCAGACUUCCAAAGGUUACGGCUCUACCAAGCAAUUUCAAAUCUCAGAAAGCACAAUUUUUAGGAAUAAAUAAAGGCUCGGCUACUAUUUGGAACUUUUGGAACAUUUCACAUCAGAACGCCAACACAAAUAACCCUUUAAUCUUAGUCUUAAUAUUAGUUCCGAACUUCUUAUUUAAAUUAUUUUCCAACGUUUUUGGAAUAUUAUGGAAUAUUUUGACAUUUGGCUUUAGAAAUUCCUUAAAUACUGACAAAAUCAAAGUAUUUAGCACUCCGAAAAGGCCAUCACCUUCUGAUGAAAUUGUACCUAUUAGUGAAAUUUUACCAACUUUAAUUGAAGAUGAAACAAAAUUAUCUAGAGUUACUAAGCUUUGUGUUGAGAAUGAAACAAGCAAAUUAGAAUUUAAUGAUGCUUUAAAGAUUUGCAAAGAUGAAUUUAAAUAUUUAUUAUUAAUACUUGUUGGUGAUAUGGAGCCACUAAAGAAAAAAAAUGCAGAUAACCAAAUGGGUGGUACUAGCAGUAAUAAUGGUCUACCUGUAAGAGAAAUGGACGUUAACUCAAGGAAAUUCAUCUCCGCAGUAUUAAGUGAUACUAGAAGUUUAGACCUAUUGGAAGAACAUAAAGAUGAGAUGAUUAUAUAUUUACGUACAAUUCAUGAUUUUGAACCUUGGUUAGUGGCAAAACAAUUAAGGGUUAAAUAUACUCCUGAGUGUAUAUUAAUUGGUAAUGUUCUAAGCUCUACUGAGUCUUUGAAUGGUGUCACAAGAGCUUCAGUGCUAUCAAGAUUAAGAGUUAGCUCCGUUACACGAUUCUGUAAUUCUCUAAAAGUAACCUUUGAUAGGUUUUCACCUGAAUUAGUAGUCAGUAGAACAGAAAUGAAUGAAUUAAAAUUGGCUCGUGAAAUUAAAGAGGCUCAAAAUGCAGCCUACGAGGAAUCUUUAAGACAAGAUCAAAUUAAAGAACAUGAUCGUAAAGUUGAACAAGAUAAACAAUUAAAACAAAUAAGGACAAUUAAAUUAAAUAAUACGAUGACUGAAUUGUUUUGGUUAAAGAAUACAAUUAAAUUUCUGUUGGAAAAGGAAGAUGUCUGUACAACAACUGAAAAGCUUGCGACUAUUCAAAUAAGAAAUUCCCAAGGUGUAAGAUUUAUUGAGAAAUUUAGCGGUAAUACUACACCUUUAGAUAUAUAUAUUACAGUGGGAAUAAGACAAUAUUUAAAAGACUUCUCAAAGAAUAAAGAUAAUUGGUUGCAAUUGACUAGAAACAAGAUUAGAGAAUUAUCUAAUGAUUCAGAUGUAUUAUGCUUUAAAGACUUAAAAGAUUUUGAUAGUGGUGAAGAAAAAGAGAAUAAUCUUAAUUUAGAACAACUAGUUAAAAUUAUCGAUAAAGAUUGGAUUAAAUUUGAAUUUGAAUUAGGCCAGCCUUAUGAGGUAAAACUUUCAUUUGAUUUGAUUUCACCUUACCCUAAAUAUGAACUACCUUCAAGUUUAAAUAAAGAAUUAAAAGAAAUACCGCAAUUAUGGCCAAAUGGUAGCUUAAUGAUCGAGGAAAUCGGUAAUGAAGAGGAAGAUGAAUCUGACAUUGCAGGUGAUGUUGACAGAACAAGUGAAAAGAAUAAUUCAGAAGAUUGA